AUGACGUUCAACCAUGAAUCGACCGGCCCGACAGCUCAAGCACCUUCCGCCGGCGCGAUCCGGGCCAAGAGACAGUCAGUUCCGGGCCCUAUCUAUGAAGAGGAGGUCGUACUGCUCGACGUCGACUUCCUAGACCCAUUUUUUGCAUUUUUCCAGCAGGACAUUGACGAAAUCAUUGCCUAUUUUGAAAAACAACAGCAUGACGAGUAUAAUGAUUAUUAUUAUGAUGACUAUAACCAGACGAUGAACGACACUGACACCUGGGAUUGGCGUACUACCGCCUUCUACGUCUGCAAGAACUUUUACUACUACAAAUCCGGCGUGUACACCACGGAUUGCGACCCGAAUAAUCCGGACUAUGAGGGAGGGCACGCGGUGACGAUUGUUGGAUACGGCACCAGCUCGCAGGGAGUUCCCUACUGGCUCGUCCGCAACUCGUGGGGUACGAACUGGGGAAUGCAGGGCUAUUUCUGGAUGAAACGCGGCACCGACCCGUCCAGCUUCGAGUCGUGGGGCAACACCGACCCACACACUCACGCCAUG